AUUUAUUUUGUCUCUGGGUUUAUAAAAGUGAUUAACUAUUUAUGCAAACUAUUUAAUUCAAGUGUUCAUUCACUACACGACUAAUUGUUAAACACAAUCAUUUUAAACCUACAUUCAAUUAACAAUCAACUUGUCUAUCAAUACUACAAUCAUUAUGAAGACAAUCAUUAUUAUACUGUUAUUCGGAUUCUGUUUGGGCGAAGAGAAGGUGAAGACAGAAGUCGAAUGCGAGUGUCGUUUACAACUAAAUAGUGGCAAAAAGUUGCAGAAAAUAGAGAUCCCGACUAAAGAGAUCGCAGUCUCCAACCAAUGCAAUACCGAUGACUUUAUACUCUGUGCCGAAGCGUGUAAUCAAAAGAUAUCAAACGAGACAAACGGCUAUAAUCUAACUGAACCGCAAGCGGGUGUCGAGAGUAGUGUAAGUUUGGGUCAAUCGUAUUGCGAUAAAAUUGGACACGACGUGAGAAACGCCCGGAUCUAUCAAUCGGUGACUCUUGAGUGUGAAAUCGAAAGAGAGAUAACUCAGGAGAGGAACGGAACCGUUAUUAGUGUCGGCACUUCUGAAUCAGAGUCUUCCAUCACUCGAUUCGUCGAAAGCGGUUUCAAACAGUCCUUCAAUUGUGUCGACAAAAAGUUUGCGUUAAACGAGUAAAAUAUGCUUUUCAACGACUCAACCAUUUAUUACUCCAAUAUAUUCUCAAUUAUUUGAAACGUUUUCACGUUUAAAACACAUUUCAAAUAAAUCUGAUAAUUAGUAUUUAAUAAAAAUAAGUUUAAUAAUAAUUCUAUUUAUGAAA